AGUAGUUAGUUACUAAUGUCACGUUACGUAUGGCUGUAUAAUGUAUUGAAAUAACGGGUUGUCUGAUAAUUUUGGUAUUUACCCAAAACGAAGAGGCAAACGCAAAAAUAAGAAGUAAUUAGCCUUCAAAUAGUGAAACGAGUCCCUUGUUCUGUUCUGGCAGCUUUUGGUGUUGUUGACCGCAGGUUUAUGGACACAGCCAGUGGAGUUUCUACUUCAUGUUAGCUCAGUUAGCUAACUAGCUUAUCCGAGCGGUCGUACUGGACCGGGGCUCGCCUAACGGUUGAAGCGGAAUCAACGUAAUUUGAGGCGUAGCCUCCCGCACACCGUCAGAGCUUCAGCAGCCUAUCCCGGAGGAUCCGCCGUCACACACUUGAAAUGCCUUCUGCUUGGAACUUGUAGGUAACGAGCGGCGUCUGUAAAUAUCAAAAUGGGCUGUAUGGACAGCUAGGCGACCAUGUAAGCCGUCUUGUCGCGUAAGUCGUUUGAAUUGUGUCAGACCGCAGGAGAAAGGUAGAAGAAAAGCAGCCCUCCGACUAAAACCGACCGGAGACCACGCAGAGAGGACCAAGGUUACGUCUGAGCGCUGGUCUCUCUCAGCUGAGAAGUCGGUGUUUUACUGUGUUGUGAACUGGGCCGUUUUGAUACGUUCGUAUGCUUUCGCCUACGCCCGUCUCAACAUCCUGAGGGCAGGAAGAGACGGACGGAGAGGGAGUGGAGGGAGGCAACGGUAGCUCCGGGUUCCCCCGACACUCAGCCGAGGAGAGGCAUCGCUGAAAUGAGAUGAGGCUCAGAAAUGGAACUGUGGCCACUGCGUUAAUUUUCUUCACGUCCUUCCUCAGCCUGUCCUGGUACACAGCAUGGCAGAAUGGCAAAGAGAAGCUGAUGGCAUACCAACGGGAGUUCCACGCUUUGAAAGAACGGCUUCGUGUUGCAGAACACAGGACUCUGCAACGUUCGUCUGAGCUCAACCACAUUCUCGAGCAGUUCAGACGGGCCAUCGCCGAAACCAACGGCAGCAAAGAUGCGCUCAUUAACUUCUCAGAUGAGACACAGAAACUACUGAAGGAGCUCACAAACAAGAAAGCUCUCCAGGUGCCAAACAUCUACCACCACCUGCCUCACCUCCUCAACAAUGAGGGCAGCUUGCAGCCGGCAGUCCAAGUGGGUCUUGGACGCACAGGAGUUACCAUGGUGAUGGGGAUCCCCACAGUGAAGCGAAAGGUGAAGUCGUAUCUGUCAGAGACGCUACGUUCACUAAUAGACAAGCUCUCACCAGAGGAAAAGCUUGACUGUGUCAUCAUUGUAUUUGUUGGGGAGACGGACCUGGACUAUGUUCACAGCGUGGUUGUUGGCCUCGAAAAAGAGUUCUCUACAGAGCUCAACUCCGGUUUGUUGGAGGUCAUAUCCCCACCAGCCGCCUAUUAUCCUGACCUGAACAACCUCAAAGAGACGUUUGGAGACUCCAAAGAAAGAGUCAGAUGGCGAACGAAGCAGAAUCUGGAUUAUUCCUUUCUCAUGAUGUAUGCUGUGAGCAAAGGGGUUUAUUAUGUCCAGCUGGAGGACGACAUUGUGGCCAAGCCAAACUAUUUUGCCACUAUGAAGAACUUCGCCCUGCAGCUGUCCUCUGAGGACUGGAUGAUCCUGGAGUUCUCCCAGCUUGGCUUCAUUGGAAAAAUGUUCCAGGCUCCAGAUCUGAACCUCAUUGUUGAGUUCAUCUUUAUGUUCUACAAAGAGAAGCCUAUCGACUGGCUGCUGGACCAUAUUCUCUGGGUCAAAGUCUGUAACCCUGAGAAGGAUGCGAAACACUGUGAGCGGCAGAAAUCCAGCCUUCGCGUGCGGUUUAGACCCUCGCUCUUCCAGCACGUUGGACUCCAUUCUUCUCUUGCUGGAAAGAUUCAGAAACUCACAGAUAAGGACUUCCUGAAGCCGCUGCUCCAUAAGAUGCAUGUUAAUCCCCCAGCAGAGGUCUCCACUUCCAUGAAGGUUUAUCAGGGCCACACUCUCGAGAAGACGUAUCUUGGAGAAGAUUUCUUCUGGGCUAUCACACCUACUUCUGGAGACUACGUCCUCUUUAAAUUUGACAGACCAGUUAGCAUAGAAAGGUUCCUGUUUCGCAGCGGAAACCAGGAGCACCCAGGGGACAAGAUUGAAAACACCACAGUGGAAAUACUACCUUCAUUGGAAAGUGGACUGCAGACCAAAGAGAAGUACAAGCGAACUGAAGAUCGCUUUUACAGGAUUGGUAAUUUUGAGAAAGGUGUGGCAGAGGGAGCGGUAGAUCCAGCCUUCAACCCUGUUGUUGCCCUUCGGCUUUCCGUUCUGAAAGACUCCGCGGUGUGGGCCAUCCUCAGUGAGAUCCACAUAAAGAGGGUAUCUGGCUGAUUGUUCUGCAGGAGACACAUGAAUCUCAGCCCCUGGAGGGCCAAAAUCUCCCAGACUGCUAAUGCGGGGUCUCUAGUACCUAGCAACCAGCAGAGAAGUGAUUAGAGCUUAGAGUUGUCUAAGAAAUGCCAGCUCUCUGUCCCCGUUCUUCCUGAUUUGCUUUGUUUUUGCUUCUUAUUUAUCGGUUUCUCCCCUCUCUUCCUCCAUGACUCCCACACUCUUGUGAAUUCCAUUUAUUUUUGAGAAUGGAAACGCUACUGUCUGCAAUCAACGAAGGAUGGGUGUGAAGACGUCUGCUCGCAGCAGCUCGGACUCUCAAAGUGACUGUGUUGCUGAGCAGCUUGGAGACCAGUCAGAUAGUUGCUGGAUGAAAGAGGCCGAAUCUUUACAGGUGGAGAGAACCAGUCCACCUGGCCGGUUGGUGGAGAUGCUGCCAAAUCCCUCAAUUACUCAAUGCUGCCACACCUGGGCGAGUGGGGGCAUUGCACUGUCUCUAGUGCCUCAGCGAACCCAGCGAUGAUUAAGAAUGUCUACGUCUCUAAAGGCCAGUUGUUCUCCGUUCCGAGCAGAAAUGGUGGAGGUCUACCCUCCAACACGUGACUCUAGAUUAAUCAACACCAGCCCAAACAAAAUCUUUUUGUCUUCACUGCAAUCAAACAAAUACCGGUCCCGUUGUUACGCUGGUGAGCUUAUUGUUCCAUCUGAGUGAUAUUUGACUGUAGGGCAGCCUAAUGAUCCAUAAAGAAAAUCAGCACCUUGACGUCCAAUCUUUCUCACCUUUUUGUCUGACAUGCUGUUUGACCUUGAGGUCAGUUUAUAGUCGACUAACUUGGACAUUAGCCUGGCUAAAUUUCCCAGAAAAGAUAUAUUGUUAUACUGAUAUUAUUAUUAUUAUUAUUAUUAUUAUUAUUACUACAGCUAUGACGAUCUAUGAAGUUGACUUAAUUUAUUGGAAAUAAAUCUUUAAUUUGUACAAGAGGUAAAAUAUAUUUUUAUUCUAAGAGAUGUUUACGGUAGUUACGAGUCUGUUUUUAUGUAAUUUUUUUCUUUUUAAUCUGAAUUGCUUCUGUGCAUCCUUAUAUUCAGGCAUACAUUCACCUCGUUGCAAAGUCCUGAAUCGCAUUAAUUUGAAUUGCAUAGAAACCUGUUUGCAGGGUUCCUACACAUUAAGGAAACUUUUAAUUCGCACUCCAUGCUUUGUAACAAACGUGUUGACUUGUGUAAAAUUAGUUUUCUAGAAUCUUCUGUGCUCCACUUUCAAGAACGUAAAAAUCGGACGUUUUGAAAACACAAUCACAAAAACAAUCAGUCGCAACCUUUUAAGAUAUUGAGAUAAUGAUGUGCUAUGAACCUUUAUUUUAAUAAUUUAUCAGGCUACAAUGGGAAAACCAAGAAGAUGAUCUUGAAGUCUUGGAUUUUGCUCUGUAACGACUUGAGUAAAGCUAUGGAGUCUGUUAUAUCGAGAUAAUGUAACUGUCAUGACAAAAUAAGCUUGAGGAUUUUAUCUCACUAUAAUGAAACAAUGAUGCAAGUAGUGCAUGUGAAAACACCCAAACCAUUUGUUAUACCAACAAAACAAAACUAAUUUGAGAUUUCAAUUUCUGAAGAUAAAGUGAUAAAAAAUUAUCAAAAUAAAAUGAUCAGUAUGAAGAGUUAAAAGCUGUAGUGCUUGUUAUCCUGAGAUGAUGAAACUCAACUUGCCUGAUAUCUUGAUAUCAUAAAAUAAGCUGUAAAAGUAUCAUGAUUUUAAUACUGCAGCUAGCUAAAUGUACAGAGAAUUUAGCUAUCACAAUAAAAUCAAGUUGGUUGGUUAGGCUAUUAGAAAACUGAUGUAGAACAAGUGGAAUAUUGAAAUAUGUGAAGUGUAGGAACCCUGUUGUAGAUAUGGGUCUAAAAUAGGACAAAUGUGCCUUAUAACACAGUUAUUUUAAAAAUUGCCCCAACAUCUUUAUAAUUCGUUCCCUCUUGGUUUCUUCCCUAGAAAUACAUUGUAUGUUAAUAUUUAAAAAUAACAGUAUAAACUGAUGUCAAAGAUGAUCUUACUGCUGUCCAAAAUGAGUGAAAGACGUAGUUAUAUUAGCUCAAUCUCUGACAUAGCGAUAUUUGCACUGCUUUAUUGUUUUUUGUUUUGUACUGUUUUUGUUUAAAUCGCACUGUCCUCAUUGUACCUCACUUUUCACCUCCACGCAUCUUUUUAACAAAUUCAGCCAUUUAUUUUGUCAAUUUUUAUUGGACAGGACAUGACUACUGAUCAUUAGAGUGCACUUCUGAUUGUACAUACUACAUCUAAAAUAUAUAUUCUAUCACUUUUUUUCCCAUUUGAAGUAGUUUCUUUCUACAUUUUCAUGUUUGUGGCCAAUUAUCUCAGUGGAAACUAUUUGUAAGUAAAACUUGACUGAUCUUUUGUAUUAGUGAUUGUUGUUUUCAUUGCAAAGGGGGUUAGUGAAGUGCCUUUAGGUGGGAUUGUUUUCUAAUGACUCUAAUUUCUGGCUUAUGCUUGUUUGCAUUCAUGACAUGUACGGUAAUUUACAAACAUUUUGUUUAGAUCUAAAUGGGUUUUAACCCAAUCGAAGUAUGUGCUCCGUCCAGUCUCUCUGGUUCAUCUUUUAAUUUGGAAAGCUGAGCACAGUAAUGUUCGAAAAUGACAUUUUCCUCCUUCCACGAUGUUUCCUCUGCUUUCAUAAACAAAAAAUGAGCACAUGUAAGGGAAGAAUUGUCGUGUGAUCUUCGGGAUUUCCCCCGCUCCUUUUUAAGGAAGAGGGACAGGAAAUGAAAACAAAACAAAAACAAAAAAAACCACACACACACAAAGGACAUUCACCCAAUCACCUCCAAUGCUCAUCAGUUUAUGUGCCUUCAUUGUGUUCAUGUGUUUGCCUGACUUUGGUGAUAUUUUUUGGCAUCAAUUUUCCAUGAACGUAAAUUUUAAAUAAACAACUGUUCUGGUUAGAAGUAAUGA